AAAGCACAUAUGAAUUAUCUGAAUGUGGCAAAAGCUUUUGUCAGAACACAUCGUUUUUGGUUCACAGAAGAACCCACCCAGAAGAGAUGCCCUACAAGUGCUUCCAAUGUGGUAAACGCUUUAGUGAAAAUGGCAACUUGGUGAUACAUCUGAAGACUCACAGCAGGGAGAAGCUGUAUGACUGUCCAGAUUGUGGGAAACAUUUCAUUGGAUCUUCCCACCUUGUGAGACACCUGAGGACUCACACAGGAGAGAAACCCUAUGAAUGUACUGUUUGUGGGAAAAGUUUCAGUCAGAAUUCUAACCUGGUGAACCAUCAGAGUACUCACACAGGAGAAAAACCCUUUGAAUGUCCUCUUUGUGGGAAAUGUUUCAGACAGAAUUAUAACUUGGUGAUACACCAGAGGACUCACACAGGAGAGAAACCCUUUAAAUGUUCUCAAUGUGGGAAAAGUUUCAGUCGGAAUUCCAGUCUGCUGUAUCAUCAGAGGACUCACACAGGAGAGAAACCCGUUUAAUAUUCUGAUUGUGGGAAUAGUUUCAGUCAGAAUUUGAAUCUGGCGAUAUACCGGAGGACUCACAGAGGAGACAAAUCUGUCUUUGGAUGAUUCUGGCAUUAAUUGCUCUUUAUUGCCCACAGGGAAAUGUAACUGAAGGAAAAACUGAUGAGUUUAGAGAAGACUUGCAUUUCAUUCUCAUCUCUCAUAAGGAAUGUAGAUGAAAACAUAUCUCAGAAUUAGACUUGUAAGUGGAGAGAAAAUGGAAAAGGGCUACCUACCAGUUUCUCGUUAUCAGCAGCAAUUUCAUUUUUGCAGAAACAAAGAUGAUGCCAGAAGACCACAUUGGACAACUGAGAAUAACAAGCAAUGUUGAAAAGCAAAGCAGAUUGAGGCAGAAAUAAAAAUAUUCUCCAUUUCCA